AUGGCAGACGUGAUCGUGGGCAAAGAGAAGGGCGGGGAGCAGCGGCUGGUGUCGCUGCCCCUGUCCCGCAUCCGGGUCAUCAUGAAGAGCUCCCCCGAGGUGUCCAGCAUCAACCAGGAGGCGCUGAUGCUCACAGCCAAGGCCACGGAACUCUUUGUUCAGUAUUUGGCCACCUACUCCUACAGACAUGGCAGUGGAAAAGAAAAAAAGUCUCUGACCUACAGUGAUCUGUCAAAUACUGCCGAGGAAUCAGAAACGUUUCAGUUUCUCACAGAUAUAUUACCAAAGAAGAUUUUAGCGAGUAAGUGCCUGAAGAUGCUCAAAGAGAAGAGUGAAGUGGAUGAAGAUGAGAAUGCCGGUGAUGAAGCUGAAUCUUGA